CCAUGGGCUGAGCAAAGCAAACGAAGAAUGUCUGACUCUGACUCCUCGUUCUGAAUUUCUCAUCAAAUUUCCGGCAGCCUUUGACCGUAUCUUAGCCGUCCAUCACCCAGCCCGAGAUCCAUUCUUUUUAGCCCCUUUUUUUUUUACUUUCUUUUUCUCUCUUAAUUUCUGGGCAUUUUGUUUUUGUUUAUCCUGGAGUUCCAGCUCAGCCCCAUGGAUCGGAUCUAUUUCCUGCCACCCUCAACAUUUAAUUUUAUCUGACGCCACUUGGAUUGCAUUAAAUGCAGUAAAAUGCCAACUUUUUUCGAUUUUCUUUAAUAAUUUUUAUUGGGUGUAGAAGAAUAAGAAUUGCAGGAAUGUUAUCGCCUUCGCCUCUGAGAGAAGAAAAAGAGAAACACAGACAGAAACGGAGGAAGAGAGAGUUUGAGACAUUCAAAUCGUUAAUGAAGUAGUCGUUGCUGUUUUCUGCCUGUUGUUUUGAGGUGGGUUUGUUUUAAUGGGCAAUGUAACUUCCAGCGUUGCUGCAAGAUUCGCAUUUUUUCCUCCAGACCCACCAACCUAUGAUGUGCGCAGAGAAGAAAAUGGGAGGCUUCUGUUGUCUGGACUCUCGGCUGAUAAGAACGUGGAUGUACAUUUGCUAGAUACUAAGGGAGGAAACAAGAUCGUCGCGACCUUUUGGAGACACCCACAUGCAAGAUUUACGCUUUUGUAUUCUCAUGGCAACGCUGCUGAUUUGGGUCAGAUGCAGGAACUCUUCAUUGAGCUUAGAGCACACCUGCGUGUCAAUGUUAUGAGCUAUGAUUAUUCGGGUUAUGGAGCCUCCUCCGGCAAGCCGUCCGAGCAAAACACAUACUUUGACAUAGAGGCAGUAUACACUUGUUUGAAGAGAGAUUAUGGAAUUAAGCAGGAGGAUAUAAUUCUGUAUGGACAAUCGGUUGGUAGUGGACCCACACUACAUUUGGCUGCACGUUUGCAGAGGCUGAGGGCUGUUGUUCUUCACAGUGCUAUACUUUCAGGCAUACGGGUGUUGUACCCUGUCAAGAUGACAUUUUGGUUUGACAUUUUUAAAAAUAUUGACAAAAUACGGCAUGUCAGCUGUCCUGUUCUUGUUAUCCAUGGAACAAAUGAUGACAUUGUUGAUUUGUCUCAUGGAAAGCGCUUGUGGGAACUCGCAAAGGAAAAAUAUGACCCACUAUGGAUCAAAGGUGGUGGUCAUUGCAACCUAGAAACAUAUCCUGAGUAUAUCAAGCACUUGCGAAAGUUCAUAAAUGCAAUGGAAAAAAUCUCCCUUGCGCAACAGGCAAAACCAAAUCUUCCUCCCAACCCAGCUAUAACUGACACAAAACAUAACAAGUGCUUGAGAUUUGGAAGAUAACUGGUUCUUUCUAAUUACCUGAAGAGGCAUUACAUACGAGCAGUUCCUAUUUGCAAAGUGGGCCAUCAUCAAGAGGGUAAGUCGAACUUGCUUUCCUCAUGAAUCCAGUGUUGAACAGCCAAGUUUCUUUGGUUGUUUGUGUCAAGGGAACUGAUAGAAAUCGUAUGUAGAUGUCUGGUCCAGACUCCAGAUAAGGUUCAAGCGCCAAUUUUGAUGCUCAGUAGGCAACUCAUGCUCUCUGAUUAGUGAUUACCAUACAAGUCGACGAAUGUUUGAUAUCAAGAUGCAGGAUAUUGUUCUGAAUCUGGAUUUGAUGUAUCAUUAGCCACACUGAAUGCUUUGUAAAGACUACAAAUUUAAAAAGCAAAUACAUAGGUUCCAUUUGUCUUCUUUUGUUCCAUCCUGCCCCAGAUGGUUGUCCUGCUUUCCCCUUUGUUUUUUUUUCUUUUUUUAUUUUUUCUCCAUGUGAUAUCUUUGAUGCUAUACUUGCGCCAUUCAUAUCGCUGGGCAUGUGAAUUUCAUGUAUUCUUCUGCAUGUGAACUCAGAACAACCAAGCCUCAACAGGUCUUCUCAUUUUGUCGUCA